AUGGAGAUCCGGCCGGACAGGUUUAAGAUUGUGGCAGCCAAGACUCUCGGGAAAAUAUACGGAGCUCUUGAGAAGAAGCAGGAAAAUGGCGAGACCAUUGAGCUGUCGGCGGAGGGCCGGCCGGAGCUGUUGGAGGAGAAGGAGGUGCCCGUGGUGGACUGCACAUGCUUCGGCCUGCCCAGGCGCUACAUCAUCGCCAUCCUCUCUGGCAUUGGCUUCUGCAUCUCCUUUGGUAUCCGAUGUAACUUGGGAGUGGCCAUUGUCAGCAUGGUCAACAGCCACACCAUCUUCAGAGACAACAAGAUGGUCGAAGUGAAAGCUCAGUUUGAUUGGGAUCCGGAAACAGUGGGAAUGAUCCACGGGUCCUUUUUUUGGGGGUACAUAGUGACUCAAAUCCCAGGAGGGUUCAUCUGUCAAAAGUUUGCAGCAAACAGAGUAUUUGGCUUUGCUAUAGUGGCCACGUCUUGCUUGAACAUGCUCAUCCCUGCAGCAGCACGGAUGCAUUUUGGCUGUGUUAUCAUUGUCAGGGUGUGUCAAGGACUUGUGGAGGGGGUUUCAUAUCCGGCCUGUCACGGAAUUUGGGCAAAAUGGGCACCACCUCUUGAAAGAAGUCGCCUGGCCACGACAGCCUUUUGUGGUUCUUAUGCUGGUGCUGUGAUUGCCAUGCCAUUAGCUGGAAUCCUGGUCCAGUAUUCAGGAUGGUCAUCAGUCUUCUAUGUCUACGGAAGUUUUGGUAUCAUGUGGUAUUGCUUCUGGUUCCUGGUGUCUUAUGAAAGUCCAGCAGCCCAUCCCACCAUCACUGAGGAGGAGAGAAAAUAUAUUGAGGAAAGCAUUGGCGUGACAGCCCAACACGCUGUAACGAAAUUCAACACCCCGUGGAGGUCCUUCUUUACAUCCAUGCCAGUGUACGCCAUCAUCGUGGCUAAUUUCUGCAGAAGCUGGACAUUCUAUUUGCUUCUCAUCAGCCAGCCUGCAUACUUUGAGGAGGUGUUUGGGUUUGAGAUUAGCAAGGUGGGCAUAGUUUCAGCUCUUCCCCACCUGGUCAUGACCAUUGUUGUGCCUAUUGGUGGCCAGAUUGCAGACUAUCUGCGCACCAACCAAAUCAUGUCUACAACUAACGUCAGGAAACUUAUGAACUGUGGAGGGUUUGGGAUGGAGGCAACCCUGCUCCUAGUCGUGGGCUUUUCUCAUACAAAAGGAGUUGCCAUUUCAUUCCUGGUCCUGGCUGUGGGUUUCUCUGGGUUUGCCAUUUCAGGUUUCAAUGUCAACCACCUGGACAUUGCACCGCGCUAUGCUAGUAUACUUAUGGGUAUCUCCAAUGGUGUGGGCACUUUGUCUGGUAUGGUUUGCCCACUUAUAGUUGGUACCAUGACGAAGCAUAAGACGCGCGAGGAGUGGCAGGGUGUGUUUCUUAUUGCCUCGAUUGUUCAUUAUGGAGGUGUUAUAUUCUAUGGCCUCUUUGCAUCUGGAGAGAAGCAAGCUUGGGCAGAGCCAGAGCAGACAAGCGAUGAGAAAUGCGGCAUCCUGGAUGAGGAUGAGCUUGCAAAUGAGACAGAGGAGCUGUAUCGCACAAGUGGCGGAGGAGGCUACGGUGCCAUGAACCAGGGAGCAGAUCCCAACGGAGGCAUGGGAGGAGGAGGAGGAGGCUGGGUCUCAGACUGGGACAAAACUGAGGAGUAUGUCCAACCAGAUGGAACCAAUAAUUACCUUUAUGAAGGAGAGAGAGAGCGAAAGUUAACAUAAAACCAGCAGA